GUUUGUCCGGACAGCGGGGUGCCGGGAAAAAUCAAUAAUUUCAACAACAACACAGUGACAUUUCAUUUCGCAUUGAACAAAGUGAAAUUAUAAUUAUUUUAACGACAAAAUGAUGCAAGAAUACGAUGACGACUUUUUCUUUGAAGAGGAUAAAAUCAAACCUAACGGGAAAGUGUCUAAUUUAUUAUUGACGAUCGAGGAAAAUGCAACGCCAUCGGUUCAAGAAUUAGUAAAGGAUGUGUCGGAAAUCAAGAUUUUUGAAGAACAGCCGAAGGAAAACAUCGUGGAAGCAGAUACCGAAUGCAUUUUCAACGAUCUAAGAUUUGAAAGAUACACCAUACAACAUCAAGAUCUUCUGGGUAUGACAGUGACGUCAGGCAGCGUGGUGUUAAGCAAAGAUGACAAGAACUUAAUAGGUAUCAGUAUAGGAGGGGGAGCGCCACUUUGUCCCUGUUUAUAUAUCGUGCAGAUCUUCGAUAACACGCCAGCCUCAAAAGAUGGGACAUUACAAAGUGGAGAUGAGUUGGUCGGAGUCAACGGUCAGUCAGUCAAAGGCAAGACUAAGGUUGAAGUCGCAAAGAUGAUACAGUCAGCUAAGGAUGAAGUAACAAUAAACUACAAUAAGUUACACGCUGAUCCUAAACAAGGCAAAUCUCUAGACAUUAUAAUGAAGAAGAUGAAACAUCGACUAGUUGAGAACAUGUCGUCAGGAGCUGCUGAUGCCCUGGGACUGUCUAGAGCUAUCCUUUGCAAUGAUACUCUAGUCGCCAAACUUAAUGAACUGAGGGAGACUGAGACUACUUAUAAGAGGCUCGUGGAAAAUGCUAAGAGGAUGUUGAAAGCCUACUUCGAUCUUCUACAAACGUACAAGUCAGUUGGUGACAUCUUCGCCGCUAUAGGAGUGAGGGAACCUCAAGCGAGAGCAUCCGAAGCAUUCACUAAAUUUGGCCAGUACCAUCGGUUGUUGGAGAGAGAUGGUAUCAAGAUGUUGAAGGCUUUGAAACCGAUCCUAGCAGACAUGGGUACAUACCUCAACAAGGCUAUACCGGACACAAAACUCACUAUCCGCAAAUAUGCCGACACGAAGUUUGAAUACCUCUCCUACUGCCUGAAGGUUAAAGAAAUGGAUGAUGAAGAAUAUGGAUACAAUGCACUGCAGGAACCAUUGUAUAGAGUGGAGACUGGGAAUUAUGAAUACAGGCUCAUUCUUCGUUGUCGUCAAGAUGCCAGAACGCGUUUUGCUCGUCUGCGAUCAGAUGUUCUGGUGAAGUUGGAACUGCUAGAGAAUAAGAAGACGCAAGACGUUGCCUACCAGCUGCGACGAUUCAUACAAGGACUGGCUCUUUAUCAUAACGAAUCAGUGGAGCAUUUGAAAGAAAACGCGACUCUGUUCCCGGUCGAAGUGGAUCUCUCUCAGAAUGCCUUCCAGUACAAGUCUACUGCGCAGAUUAUUCAGGACAACCCAGAAGAAGAAGAAGAACUAGAAUUCGGCAAGGAAAUACACGAAUACCACGACAUUGCAGACCUGGACAAUAAAGAAGCAAAACUUAUAAACAGGCGUCAAACUAAAGAUAAUGAUGAUACUGAAUCAUCAGAACAACUCCUACCGGACUUCGACAAUGUCGCCCUUAGCUAUGACAAAGAAGAAAAAGCUGAUAACAUUGACAAAUCCGACAAUAUGGACAACCUGACUUUGCUGACAGAAUUGGGCCUAGCUGACACAAAUGUCCAAGAUGAUUUCGGUGACUUCCAAAAUGGCCUGCUUGACGAGUUCCUCCCUAAAGCCAGUGGGGAUGAUAAAAAUGAUAUAUUUGAUAAGCUGUUGAGUGAUUUUAGUCUUUUAAAUAAAUAAAUAAAUAAAUG